AUGCACUAUUGGCAUGCGAUCGCGACUCGUGACGGUGCUGCGGGCCUGACGCCGGACCGCAAAGGGCACGUCUUGUCGCUGGUCACUACCCCGCGCGAGUAUCUGUGCCACAUUCUAGGCGAAGAAAACCAAGUCUCGUCUGCAAACAUCAAGAUGGACGUCAAACGCGAUCGGUCGAGUCGAGACGUCGGCCACGAAGGAUCAGUCAUAUCGGCUACUAAGUCAACGAAGAACGAAUUUGAAGAAACCCGGAACACCGCUGCCGACUGGGAAGCUUUGCCCAUAGACGAACUGGCAGAAAAGGCAUUACUAAGAAAGCUCGACCGUUGGAUUGUCCCUCCGGUCAUGCUUCUAUACCUCCUCAGCUUUUUGGACCGUGUCAACAUUGGGAAUGCUCGGCUGUACGGUUUGGAGGAAGACCUGGGUCUAGAAGGAAACCAGUUCCAAAUUGCUGUUUCUGUCCUCUUCGUUACUUACAUUUUGUCCGAAACACCCUCGAACCUCGUCAUCAAAUACUUCACGCCGAGUCGCUACCUUGCCUUUUUGACGGUAAGCUGGGGCAUAGUGGCCACCUUGACCGGCAUUGUUCAAAAUUAUGCUGGCUUGCUAGCAUGUCGCGUCAUUCUGGGUGCCCUUGAGGGUGGCCUAUUCCCAGGCCUGACUAUCUACUUAACCAUGUUUUAUACCAAACGCGAGUACGCUCUCAGGAUCGGCUAUCUCUUCGUCUCCGCCGCUAUCGCUGGAUCAAUGGGCGGCUUGCUUGCCUACUGCAUCGGCCUGAUGGACGGCGUUGCCGGCCUGCGUGCUUGGCGUUGGAUCAUCAUCAUUGAGGGCAUCCCGACUGUCAUCCUGGGGGUCACAAUAUGGUGGUGGCUUGCAGACACGCCAGAUACCGCUCACUACCUGUCGACCGCAGAAAAGGAUCUCAUUGAUGCGCGCCUGCGGCGGCAAGUCGGCCACACAAAGUCCGGGGAUGAGUUCCACAAGGAAGAUGCCAUUGCUGGCUUUAAGGACCUCAAGAUCUGGCUCUUCUGUCUCGGACAGUUUGGCGGUGACGUGAUCCUCUAUGGGUAUUCGACAUUCUUGCCUACGAUCAUCAGUGGUCUUGGCGAUUGGGAUAGGCAGCAAGUUCAGGCUCUUACAAUCCCUUGCUACGCCACUGGUGCCAUCACCUACCUCGUUGUGGCGUGGCUAUCAGACCGCAUGCAAAGACGAGCCAUCAACGCAUCGGGACGUGCAAAGUACUUCGGUUGCUUCCUUGGCGCGAUGGGCCUCUACGUUGUUGUUGGCAUCCCGCUCGCCUGGUUGCCUUCGAAUAAUCCCCGAUACGGAAAGCGUACAGUGGCCUCUGGGCUACAGCUUACGAUUGGAAACUCGGCCGGCAUACCAGCUCCGUUUCUAUAUGCUACUUCUGAUUCGCCCCGAUUCAUCAAAGGUCACGCCAUCAGCAUGGCCUUCGUUUGCAUGUCGUCGGUAAUAUAUAUGUCAUUCUGGGCCUACUUCAGAUUCCUCAACAACAAGCGUGACGAGGGAAAGGGAGAGGAGAAAGCCAUCAAUGUCAAAGACAUAUAG